CGAGGGCUGUCGUGGACGAGCCCGUGAUUACGUCAGCGCGGCCGUUAGUAGCAGUGACGAAGAGGCACAGAUCAUCCGGACAUGGCGUACGCUUAUCUCUUCAAAUACAUUAUCAUCGGUGACACCGGUGUCGGUAAAUCAUGCCUACUACUGCAGUUCACAGACAAGAGGUUCCAGCCAGUUCACGACCUGACAAUUGGUGUAGAAUUUGGUGCACGAAUGAUCACAAUUGACGGCAAGCAAAUUAAACUCCAGAUAUGGGACACAGCUGGUCAGGAAUCUUUUCGCUCUAUCACAAGGUCAUACUACAGAGGCGCCGCCGGUGCAUUAUUAGUUUAUGAUAUUACAAGGAGAGACACAUUCAAUCAUCUGACCACUUGGCUUGAAGAUGCCCGUCAGCAUUCAAACUCAAACAUGGUGAUUAUGCUAAUUGCCAAUAAAAGUGAUUUAGAAUCAAGGAGAGAAGUAAAAAAAGAAGAAGGGGAAGCGUUCGCCAGAGAACAUGGUCUAAUUUUCAUGGAAACCUCAGCAAAGACGGCUUCAAAUGUGGAGGAGGCUUUCAUUAACACAGCAAAAGAAAUUUACGAAAAAAUUCAAGAAGGUGUCUUUGACAUUAAUAAUGAGGCAAACGGCAUUAAAAUUGGACCACAAAACCCAAUGCCUGGACCUCCUGGACCACACAACGCAGGACAAGCUGGUGGCAGCUGUUGUUGAGCCUGUCUUUUUUUCCACCCCCUCUCCGAGGAGCCUGCUGUGGCUACUUAACUUGUUCAUAGGCUAUUUACAUGUACUUUUACCUAUUGCCCCGCCCCUCCUCCAGAGUUUCAAUGUUCACUUUAAAGAGAGAGAUUUUGGAAAUUGUAUUCAUACUGUAUCUAUUUGCUUUUUUGAUUUCUAGGUUUAUUGAUUGUGAUUGUUUCAAUGUCGUCUUGUUCCCUUGACUAAAAACUGAAUUCUCAACACUAAAAUGUUUUCAUAGUAUUUUAAAUGGUUUGUGUGACUAGGAUUCACAGAUCUGUGUGUGACCUGUUCAAAGGGACGUGAAAUCAAAUAAUAAAGAACAUUUGGAGACGCCUUUUUUUCUCUCUACCAAUAUGUUUUUAAUGAUGGAGACUGGGUGAUAUAUCAGUAACAUGAUUGUGCAUGCUAUAAUUGUUUCCAUAUGUGCUGCCCAUACUACAUUGUCUUCUCUUUAGGUGGACAGUAUUGUAAUGAUUAAGAGGCUUAACUGGUGAAGUCACCAAGGGUUUGAGCCAAGAUCAAAACUUAAAGGGGUCGGCUUAUCUCACACAUUGAUGGCAUACUACUAGGAUAUGGCACCAAUGUCAGAUAGGUUCAGGUCUCUACUUCUUUGUGGCCUUCUCCUGUCUCCAGAAUGGGGCUGCCGAAGUGACCGGAGAGCAGCCACCUUCCGUUCACAGUUGUGGGAGUGUCAAAAAUAGCACCGCACCAGUUCGGCUAUUUUCAGCAGUCCCAUAGCAGUAAGUGGCUGCUUGUGCGGUUUGCCCUCUAUUCACCGCUAUGGGACUUCCGAUGACAGACAGUCAUGUUCACUCGCCUAUUUUCAGAGCUCCCAUAGCAAUGUAUGGAGAGCAUGUGGUCUUCUUCACUUCAGGGUCCCUGUUCUGGUAAUUGGAGCAGGUCCCAGAGGUGGGACCGCUACCUAUCUGACAUUGAUGGCAUAUCCUAGCGAUGUUCCACUAAUGUGUGAAAUAAGACAACGCGCCCUCUCCCUUCCUUUUAACCAUGUCCACAGGAUAGGGCAUAAGCAUCAUAUUGGUAGGGUCUGACUGCUGGGACCCCCACCGAUCAUAUGAAAGGAAGUUUCAAUUCCCCUCAGCAAAUGAAGCGCUGAACUCUAUUUCCAGAAAACAUGUAGAGAAUGAAUGGAGCUGCAGUGCUGUUUUUGUGGAAUCUGGAUCCCCGUUCAUAUAAUUACUGGGGGUCCCAAUGAUCAGACACCCCCCCCCCUUCACUAGUGAGAUGCUUAUCCCUUAUCGCGUGCAUAGGAAGUUUUGAUAUUGGUAAAACCAUUUAAGGGUUAUUCUGGUUCCAGCAAAUAAAACACUUUGAUUUUAUAAAUUUCAGAACUUUUGUAGCACACUUUGGGUGCACAAUUUUCAAACUCUUUGCUUGCAGUCAUUGAAUGGGAACCUUCAGUGUGCACUUCCAGGGGAUAGAACCCUGUCCUGUUUAUGGGAUCAUAUAGGUGAAGGGCUCUAUCUACUGUGCACCUGUGUGAUCAUUAUAUGACCAGGAUAGAUCUCGAUCACCUGUAAGCAAGCAAUGAAGGUUCCUAAUCAGUGACAACAAGUUAAGAGCUUAAAAAAAAAAAAAGUUUACUAGAAAUUGUGAAACUUUUCAUGAUACACCAAAUAUGUUUAAUUUGCUGACCCAGAAACACCCCAUUGACUUCAGGGCAGGCUUGGAGGGUGAUUUUAAGGUUUCGUAACAUUUUCAACUGAUAGUUGGGGCACAGUACGGAAACGGUCAACAGAAAGUGGGAAAGUCAUAGAAGAGCCUUAAGUAGUUCACUUCACGAAUAGCUGAGACAGACAAAGUUUUUAAUUUCUAAUAUUGGUAGACAGGAAAAAUUGCUGUAACCAAAAUGUAUUUACUCAUGUACAGUGUGCAUAGUCCUAACAUGUAAUGCUGCCAGAUACACACAAUCAAGGUGGAAGAGUGAACGUGAUGUUUUAUUAAACCUGAUGAAUUCCUGGAGAGAAUAUUCCUAAUCUGCUUUAGUCCUGCUUUUUUUUUUUUCUCAUGAAGUAAGCCAGUUGUGAUGUCAUUAUCUGAACUAGCGAGAACAUUCAUAUAGUUCUUAUUCAGUUACAGACUUCUUUAGAUUUUAUUGCACUGUUAUCAUUUUGCACAUCUUAUUGUGAAUGAAGUGACUUGUCGGUGUAAUAUUGGGGUGGUCAUGAUGAUGUAAUGUGCUGCUUUUACAUGCCCUGUGUAUUCUUUGGAAAAGGACACUGCAGUUUUGCAGCUGCAGUAAAGUGAUUGGCAGAGCCCUUGUAGUCUCUGACGACUUUCUCUUACCAUGGAGGGUCAGUGCCACUGGGAUAGUAUUUACUGCAAUUUGUGUCUCUGUAAACUGCAUUUAAGCUUAAGUUUGUAAAAAAAAAAAAAAAAAGUAGGAAAUAACUGCUGAUGUCCCUGUCGGGUUCCAUCUCUGAGUCCAAUAAUAUAUGCGCAUAUGGGGUCCUUUAUCCAUUGUUCUAUGAAGUUUUAACAACGUUCUUUAAAGGCAAUGUACACCUUUUGGGGGGCAAUUUUUCUAUUAUUGCAUUUUAUUCAUUUUGAGCUAAAAAUAUUUUUUAUAUUGGUCUUUAUUAAAAAAAAAUAUGGCGUCCUUUUUUAUGUACAGAGCUGAGAUGCUCUAGUAGCACCCUUUGGAUUUUCUGUCUUUUCCAUCAGACCAGGAGCUGACGGACUCCUUAUAUCUGCUCUGACCUAAUCACUCAUUAUAGUAUAACACUGAUGAGAAUGUGGUUUUAAUAAGUGUUUGACUUCUCAGUAGUUUAGAGAUAAGGUUUAUUAGAUGACGGCACAAAGUGAAAGUACCAGUCACACAACUAGAAAAAGUUAACCCUUUGUAACAGAACAGCUCAGUAUUUUUAAUAAAGGCCAGUUGAAAAAAUGAUUUUUAGGCAAAAAUG